UUGGGCCUCGUGGUGCUCAAAGCUGCUUCGGCAGCGCUCCCGGGCAGCGCUCCGGUGUCGGGCCUCUGCGUGGUCGCCCCCCUUCUGAAUUCCCUUCAGAUCCAUCCGCCUUAGGGCGCGAACGAGCCCUUGGCCUCUGAGCGGGCCGCGGUUCUGCGCAGGCCUCCGUGUCCUUCCGCCGUUCCUGCAAGUUGCUGCGCAUCCUGGUUUGAGCCUCGGCGGCCGCCGUAGGCGCUGCCUGUCAGCUGCCGGCGCCUUUGUGAGGCAGCGGAAGCGGAGCGGGCGCCGCGGCCGAGGGGCGGCCGGGGCAGGGCGGCCGGGGCAGGAGCAGCCGCUGGGGCAGGAGCGGCCACUGCCAGUGUUUCAGCCAUGUCUGACAAAAGUGAACUGAAGGCGGAGCUGGAGCGCAAGAAGCAACGAUUAGCUCAGAUCAGAGAGGAGAAGAAAAGAAAGGAGGAAGAAAGAAAGAAAAAAGAAACUGAUCAGAAGAAAGAAGUUCUUCCUGUACAGGAAGAAUCUGAUCUUGAAAAGAAGAGAAGAGAAGCUGAAGCAUUACUUCAGAGCAUGGGGUUGACACCUGAGUCUCCUGUUGUCCCUCCUCCUACUUCUCCGUCUUCCAAAUCCGUGAGUACGCCAAGUGAGGCUGGAAGCCAGGACUCUGGUGAUGGCGCUGUUGGAUCUAGGACGCUGCAUUGGGAUACUGAUCCAUCAGUUCUUCAGCUCCACUCUGAUUCCGAUCUGGGACGUGGACCUGUUAAACUUGGAAUGGCCAAAGUUACACAAGUUGACUUUCCUCCUCGAGAAAUUGUUACAUAUACAAAGGAGACGCAAACACCUGUUAUGACUCAGCCAAAGGAAGAUGAAGAAGAUGAAGAUGAUGUGGUUGCACCAAAACCAUUAGUUGAACCUGAGGAAGAAAAAACUUUAAAAAAAGAGGAGGAGGAAGAAGCUGCCCCUCAUGAACUUACAGAAGAAGAAAAACAACAGAUUUUGCAUUCUGAAGAGUUUUUAAGUUUCUUUGACCACUCCACAAGGAUUGUUGAAAGAGCCCUUUCUGAGCAAAUCAACAUUUUCUUUGACUACAGUGGAAGAGACUUACAAGACAAAGAAGGAGAGAUUCAAGCAGGAGCAAAACUGUCCUUAAAUAGGCAGUUUUUUGAUGAACAUUGGUCAAAGCAUCGUGUUGUCACUUGUUUGGACUGGUCAUCUCAGUAUCCAGAAUUACUUGUUGCCUCUUACAACAACAAUGAGGAUGCACCUCAUGAGCCUGAUGGGGUGGCCCUUGUAUGGAAUAUGAAGUACAAGAAAACUACCCCAGAGUAUGUCUUUCACUGCCAGUCAGCAGUGAUGUCAGCAACAUUUGCAAAAUUUCAUCCCAAUCUCGUGGUUGGUGGCACAUACUCAGGCCAAAUAGUGCUGUGGGAUAAUCGCAGCAAUAAGAGAACCCCAGUGCAGAGAACUCCACUUUCAGCUGCUGCUCACACGCACCCAGUAUACUGUGUAAAUGUUGUUGGGACCCAGAAUGCUCAUAAUUUGAUUAGUAUCUCAACUGAUGGGAAAAUAUGCUCUUGGAGUCUGGACAUGCUUUCCCAGCCACAGGAUAGCAUGGAGCUGGUUCACAAACAGUCCAAGGCAGUGGCUGUUACUUGCAUGUCAUUCCCUGUUGGAGAUGUCAACAACUUUGUUGUUGGCAGUGAAGAAGGCUCCGUGUACACUGCGUGUCGUCAUGGCAGCAAAGCUGGAAUCAGUGAGAUGUUUGAAGGACACCACGGACCAAUCACAGGUAUCAACUGUCAUGCAGCAGUUGGACCUGUAGACUUCUCACAUCUUUUUGUCACCUCUUCUUUUGACUGGACAGUAAAGCUUUGGACGACUAAGAACAACAAACCUCUUUAUUCCUUUGAAGACAAUUCAGAUUAUGUUUAUGAUGUGAUGUGGUCUCCAACUCAUCCUGCCUUGUUUGCCUGUGUGGAUGGGACAGGCAGGCUUGACCUGUGGAAUCUCAACAAUGAUACUGAGGUGCCAACUGCAAGCAUUACUGUGGAGGGCAAUCCUGCUCUGAACCGUGUGAGAUGGACACAGUCGGGGAGAGAGAUUGCUGUCGGUGAUUCAGAGGGACAAAUAGUUAUAUAUGACGUGGGUGAGCAAAUUGCUGUUCCUCGCAGUGACGAGUGGACUCGAUUUGGCCGAACCCUGGCAGAAAUAAAUGCUAACAGAGCUGAUGCAGAAGAGGAAGCUGCAACCCGCAUACCAGCGUAGAUCUUUAAAAAUGGGCAGCAGUGGGAGACUUGGGAGUGAUUUGAUGCAAAUCUUAAAAGUGUAAGAAUGUGUCAGUUCAAACAAUAGCUUAGGGGAGGAAUAUAUGGAUUCAACCGUGGAUUUUAAAAUGUAUUAAGAUGACUGAAAAUCAGAUCUUGCAUUGUCACUUUUUAUAUAUAAAAUUACAAGCGCAUUCUUGGAUUUGUGCAACUUUUAAUACAGUUAACUUUGAUUUUGCAAGGAAGGACUUUUGCUGAAACACUAACCUGGUGUAAAUUUGCUUUGAGCUGAUAAAAUACCCACUUUUUAACAGUUACCUAUUUCUGAACAGUAAAGGUUGUGUUUCUAAACUAAACUUUCUCUAUUAUACAGACUAGCCUUCAUUAGGUAGUAAAUCUCUGAAGCAUUCUUUAAUUUGAACUCUUGAAAUUACCCAUGGAUAUGCAUGCAUAUGUUCCAAGUAAGUUUCACUGUUAAUAUAGCAGAUAAGCCUCAGACUCUGGUAGUGGGUAAUACAGUGAAUAAAAAUGUCUGUAGUUACAAAGUUAUUUGAUAAUUGGACCUGAAUUAAAGACAUAGUCAAUACCAAGUCCUUUGGUUUGAAUUGGUGCAUUAAAAAGUGAAACUGAUUCAUAAAUAAAUACUAUAUGAGCACUUGUCAGCUGUCCUGACUCCUAAUCUGUGUCCCUUUAGUAGAUUGAGAGUAGAAAGUUCUGGGAGCUGCUACUUUCAUUUUACUACACCCAUCAGAGUUGCUUUCUACUCCCAACCUCCACUUCCUAUUCAUGGCAAUCAGCCAAAAGGAAUAAGGUUACUGUUGUCAAUUUUUUCUUUUCCAAAGAAUAAGGAACUAGAUUUUACUUCAUUUCUAUAGCAUGAUGAUUUGCAUUCUGUAAACUACAGACUUGCUAAUAAUUUUUCAUAUUAAGAUAAAUAAAUAUGUUUUGAUUGCUUUUUUAAAUUUUUUAUUGAAAAGCAAAACCUCUUAAUGGCCUUAAGCAGAAUGGUUGGAAUUUCUGUUAAAGGUUAAUUUUUUUUAGUACUUCUUUUUUAGGACAUUAUAAAAUUUUCAGUCAAGACUGGGUUUAGAGGGCCAGGGGGGAGAGUUGUGUUUCUUGUCUGUCAAUUUUUUGUGGUUUUUUUUAAGGAAAUAUUCUGACUUGUACUAAAUAGGCACUAAACCACUAUUGAUGCCUUUAACUUUACAACACUAGGUUUGUUUCUAGUAUUCUUCAUCUGCUACAAGCUUAUCACUUUGUCAGAAGAGCUGUUUUAUUUACUUAAAAGUAGGAAAUAAGCUUAUAUUCCCAAAUCAGUUUUAUAUCCAGAAGUAUUUUUAUUUCCUCAUUUUUUGUUUAAAGGUUUUGGUUUUUUUUUAAUUUCUCCUUGUCCUCAGUCCUGUUAACGAGCAGCUCAUAGAGACAUGGGCAGCAGUAACAGCAGUUCUGUAUUUCGGAGGUUCUCUUUUUCAGUAGGUUUGAAUGUUAAAUGUAUUUAGGCUUCCACUGGUGUUGGUUUGUCAGAAGUGACAAUGCAAAGUGAUGCUGUUCAGUUUGACACUUGUCUUAUAUGUUUUCCUCAAUCUUAUGACAGCAGCCAUCUAUUGAGAAACGUCAACUAUAUAAAAAACAGCCACAUCAUGUGAUGAUUUUUACCCAUUAGGCACAAGAAUUCUUCACAAGCAGUAUGUUCUGUUGUCUUGCUGCCUUUGGUUUACUGAGAUUGUAUUAUUUAAUAAUACAUUUCCUUCAGACUUAUUUUUUUUCAGCAUUUCAGUAGGUAGGGCUUUCUUUCAAUGGAUUGUGGCAUAAACAUGUGGGUCACAUGGCAUUAGUUUUAUGUCAUUUCAACCUUGUAAACAUUUUCAACAAAACUAUUCUGUAUUAAUUCCUGCUUGUUUCCUCCCUCACCAAAUAGUUGAAUACAGGUUAAAAAUGUUGUAAAACCUGUACCUGCAAUAUUAAGAGACCAACAGUGAUGCUAGCUAGUCUAAAUGAUCAUCAUGGGAGCCUCACCAUUCAGUUUUGGAGCUGGAAGAAAUACAAAUACUUUCUUGCAUUGUAAAGUCUCCUAAGGCUGUGAUCAAGUCAGUCAACAAGCUGUGACUAAGAUUAAAUGCCAGUGGGCACCUACCACUUCUGUAUCUAUUUAGAAAAGUGCAGAACAAAAGCAUGGGAGAGAGUUCCUGGGAAGCCUGUCUCUAGAAGAGUGCACAGAACAGGUAAUGCUUUAAACAGGAAAAAAACUAAUAAAGACAGGAAGCCUUCUACUGGGCUUAAACAUAUGCAUGUUGCAAAACACUGAUCAAACUCCUGAGUUCAAUGUAUUGUAACUUCUAACUCACUAAAUAUUAUUCAGCACCAAAAUAUUUUGCAUCUUGCUUAGAGACGAGAAUUGAAGGUGGGCUUGUCUGUGUUUUUAGUGUUCAGUUUUUAAGAAGCCAUUUCUUUAUAAGCUGACUAAAACUCUUCAUAUUGGCCUGCUGUCAGCUGAGCAAGAAAACAACAGAACCUCAGAUCAGUUUAUACCACUGGGAUACACUGUGAUCCAGGAUGUUUAACUUGAUAAAGAUUGAAGGUUAUCUUAUUUCAGUAAGCAAGAUUGGGACUGGAAAUCCACCCAUCUCUCCUCUCACUUUAUGGGUAGUAUAACUACUUUUCCUCUAGGACUGUAGAAAUCUAGAUGCCUUUAUUUCCUCUGACAUUUUUUGCAUUUAAAAAUUACACCAGAUAAACUUUUGGCAGACACUUAAGCCAGAAAAAGUUAAAGGUUUUUCUCUCCUCUCAUUUUACUUAGCAUUCCAUUCAAGGGGAAGUCUAAACCAUCAGUUUUGCCCAUAAAAACAUAAAAGUAAGUUGGGUUUGUUGGUUUGGUUUUGGUUUUUCUCAGAAUAACAAUCUGUCAGUGGUAAAAAAGAGAAUGCCUGCCUUUUUUUUUUUUUACAAAAAUUUUCCAUGCUGGAAAAAAAUACUGAGUAAUAAAUCCUGUAAAAAUUUGAGUCUGCUAAUAACUGGCAAGUAUUGCAUUUUAAGUAUGCAACCAUAGAGGUAGGAUCUAUUACACACUUAAUAUUACUAUGUGGUUCAAGGCAAUUCCUUGUUACAAAGUAGUGCUGCAAAAUAAAAUACUGCAUGUCCUCAUGGAA